CCUCUUACAUUCACGGAGCUUUGGAGCAACGGUAGAGGCGACAUGAGAUUAGAUCGUGGUCCUUGGCUGGAACCGCAUGAAUACACACAGGCGUUAGGCCGGAAUGAGAUCGCAUGGAUCAAAGCACACGCGCACCCCCAAAUGAAUCACCACCGGUCCCUUCGAGACCCCGAGCGCCCUGUCGAUGGCCUCGCUCUUCUCUCCCAGUAUAUGAACGUCGCCCCGUACCUGGUUCCUCCACCGAGCGACGAACCGGCAAGGUCCAUCGUCCUUUGGCACCCUGACCUGCACCUGGACAACGUAUUUGUUGACCCCGAUACUCACGAGAUCACCUGUAUCGUAGACUGGCAGUCAGCAUGUGCAGCACCUCUAUUCUACCAAUCCAGUGUUCCCAGAAUGUUCCGGCACCAUCGACCCGUUCGAGAGGGCUGGGUAGUACCAGAGCGGCCGGAAAAUUAUGACUGCCUUGUCGAAGACGAACAAAAGAUGAUUGACAAUGACCUGGAGAGCGAGACAUUACACAAGUACUAUGAAGCUCUGGUUUUGAAACGCGCGCCUCGCCACUGGUCGGUCCUUCAGCAGACAAGUGUCCCGACGGUGCGAAAGCCCGUUUGGCUGGUAACUGGCGUGUGGGAAAAUCAGGAUCUCUUCUUUCUCCGGCAGUCGCUUUUAUCCUUGUCCAAGAACUGGGAGGAAGUGACUGCGAGGGGCCAGUUGCCUUGUCCGAUUGAGUUCACGGACCAGGAACUGGAGCUCCACUCUAAGGAGGAAGAUAACAUGGACGGGGUUGGGCACAUGCUUACUUUGUUCCGGGACCAAGGCGUGCUUCCAGUGGACGGCAUGGUUGAUCCCAAGGACUAUGAGAUUGCGCGCGAAAGCAGCCGUAGGUUCAAAGACAUAUUCGUUGGGUUGGCGAAGGAUGAAAAUGAGAGGGAGUUGUAUACGAAACUCUGGCCAUAUCAGGGCUGA